GUUUACAGUCUCUCACACACAAACACACACAAAGCGACACCCGACACAACCUGUUCUUUAUUCUUCUUUUAACUAUUUUUAGCUGUCGCAAACCAAACCUUCUAAGUUCGAAACAUAGUCCAAACGAAACUAACGGUUGGAUCCUCAUUUUCCCGCCAAAUAUUUUACAAGUCUCAGAACAGAACAUUAUCCAAAUGCAUAAGCUCUUCCGAACCAGCCAUGGAAAUCUCUUCCCCACAUUCAGAAACCGCUUCAAAAACGCUCAAACUUGCACACCCAGCUCACUCCUUCUUCACACUGGUCCAAAAUCCAAGCUGGAUUUCAUUAUGAACGAAGUUGAAGAGCUCCAAUCUUCCAAACCCACAAACCAAAUAACCCAAUCAGCUACUGAACCUGAAGUUAUCUUCGAUCUGAGCGGACCCACCAAGGCUGAGAAAUCGACGGUUCAGAUAUCGCACCCGUGGCCCGAGUGGGUGGACUUGAUGGAAAGCUUGCUGAAGAGAGGUUACUUUGAAUGCAAUGGAAACCCAUUUCGAAACGGCGAAAUGGGUCCCAAGGGAUCCAACUAUAUCCGGACUGCGUGCCUUAAUUUCGCGCGAGAUCGAUUUGAUCUUAUAAGGUUCUUGUCAAGGAAAGAUAUCAAGGUCAUUGCAGAGUCCGGAUGUCCAAGCAUAGACAGGAAAGUUGUUAACUCAGGGAAGCGUCUGAGAGCACAUGUUGGCAUUGAUGAAGGAAAUGUUUGCAGCUUCUGCAAUUUAAGGGGAGACUGUGAGAGGGCGUAUGUGAAGGCACGUCAAGAUGAAGGUGGACGCACCGUGGAUGUUAUGCGUUUCUUGUUAACAUAUGGGCUUGAUCCGAUCACUGGUAUGGUGGAUAACAAGCCAUGUUUAAGCAAAUUGGUUAAAGCAUCAGUGAGAAGGCUGCUGAAAGAAAUGGUAGGGUAUAGCACAAAGGAACUUGACUCCAAUCUCCCAAAGGCCACACCGUUAAAAAGGGUUGCAUCAGCACAAGGCUGCUCCAGUCUGCCAGAAAAAGGCCACAUAAACGUGCCAAUGAAGCGGGGGGACUGGCUUUGUCCCAAAUGCGAUUUCCUUAAUUUUGCCAAAAAUAUUAAGUGCUUGCGCUGUGAUGGUUUAUUCCAAGAAAGACUAAGGCAACUACGUGAGGAUCAAGAUCAUCUUCCAUUAAAGAAGGGGGAUUGGAUAUGUGACAAGUGCAAUUUCUUAAAUUUUGCAAAGAAUACAAGAUGUUUGCAAUGCAAAGAGAAACCUCCAAAGCGGCAACUUAAUCCGGGGGAGUGGGAAUGUGACUCGUGUAACUAUAUCAACUUCAGAAAAAACAUGGUGUGCUUGAAAUGUGACUACAGACGUCCAAAAGCAUUGAAUACUUCAGACGCUUCUGCUCAACCUCCACAUGAUACAGGGGGUUACCAUAACAAGAGUGGCAUGAGUUUUGUCAAAGUUAAGACUGAGAUUAAUGGUCAACCAUCUGUUGGACAAAAUAGACAUCGAGAUAGAGGUUCAAAUAUGUGGAGCUUUGUGGAGGAUAAUAGUGAAGUUUAUGAUGGCUCAAGCUCAUGGAAUGAGGAUUCUGGAUUUGUAGAUUUCCCCAUUGCAGGGGGAAAGAGUGAUUUGUCUCAAAAUGCACAGAGGAGAGAAAAAUGGAAGUCGGAGAUGCUAGAGAGGAGCAAAAGCACCGUAAGGACAAGGCCAGAACUUGAUGAAUUUAGGUCUACAGGAUUUCCAAGAAUGUUGGAUUUUACUGAAUCUACAGAUGAUGAAGAGAUGGCCGAAUGGUUUGGGCAAGUGAAGACCGAAACAAAAGGGAAUAUUCCUGUACCUGAUUAAUUGCAAGAUUGGUUGAAGAUGAAAGAAUUGCCACCACAUCAAAAUCAUCGACUGAAACUUUCAUUCAAACCAGCCAAAUGAAGUUACACAGAAACAGAGCAUAGCAAAAGGAGGUACACGGCAACAACCUAGACCACAAACCUAGACUUCGUUUAACUUGUUCCUUCAAAUCUAGCCAUGUCUUCAAUCCAAUCAGGAAUGAUUGAAGUCCAGACAUGUUCCUCGGCAGAGUGACUUUAUUUAUUGGCUUGUAAACAAUGAGUUUUUAAUUAACAUUAAAUUUACCAUAAAGAGCUCAUACGCAUCCUUACACGGUAUUGACGUU